AUGUAUGAGAACGAUCGAAAUUCGUUAGGAGAGAGUGUCAAAGUAAAAAAUCUCGAGACGAAUAGUUUGAAGACAAUUUUGAAUGACGAGGAACAUUUUUAUUCCAAAAGCUUCAACAGUCAUCACAAAAACGAUCUUCUGUCUGUAAGAUUAGCCUCCACUUAUAGAUCAUUGAGAUGUGCAUGUGUAACCGAGGAUUGUCCGCAAAAAAUUAUGAUCGAUGAUGCAACUAUACCAAAGUUCGAUAAUGAUCAAAUCGAGAUUGACGCCGGUGUACCACCACCAAUUGAUGAUUCCCUCUUCUUUGACAAUCUGGAAUGCUACAAGAAUCACUACAUGAAUGGCGCCAAAUUGAGAUCGGCUAUAUGGUCCAUCGUCGACACGAUGGAGACGAGGUUACUACUGUACAUGGAGAAGAGUCGGGUACUUCCAAAUGCGUGCAAAAGCGAGAAUCUACGAAAUGUUGCUUACAUCUGGGCGUCUUACCGUGGUCUGCUUAAUCUUCUGCCGGAAUUAGAGGACGCCGGAGCGUGUUACGACUACGUCGAACCGCGGACCGGUGUGAAUGCUAUCCUCGCGGCUUCGUUGGGUGACAAAGUCGCUUGCGUAGAAUAUCUGAUCGCGAAGGGCGCCAACGUAAAUUACGAGAACCCUAUUACUCAUUACACGCCUCUUCAUUUCGCGGCACUCGGUAACAGCUGGCACGUCGCAGCUACGUUACUGGAUCAUGACGCUAAGCUCAAUUAUGUCUGUCAGGAAGUGAUCGAGCCAAUUCUGCAUAGUGCCGUCCGUGCGAUGGCGGUGGAGACAGUGAAGCUGUUACUUGAACGUGGUGCCAGUGUUGUCGAGAAGAAUCACUUAGGCCAGACGCCGUUGCACGUGGCCUGUUUCGUGCAAUCGAUACCGUGCGUUGAACUACUUUCAGCCAGCACGCCCAACGUGAACGCCGUGGAUAGAGAGCACAGGACACCCCUGCAUUUCGCCGUAAUGAGUACAGACUCAUCCGCCGAAUUAGUACAGUUGUUGUUGACACGCGGCGCUUUGAUAAAUGCGGCCGAUCGGACAGGUUUCACGCCUCUUCACAUUGCCGCAUUGAACGAACAAUCUCGAUGUGUGGAUGCACUCAUCUGGGCAGGCGCUGACAUCAGCGCGACCACGUGCACUGGAUUAUCCGCUCUGAAUAUUAUAUUGAAGAAGAUUCCUGAGUCUCUGCACGUGUUCCGACAGCGGUUGGACGCUUCCAUUAGACUGACCCGACCGGUAUCACAUAAUCGUGAGUUUGAAAUGCGAUUGCACUUCGACAUUCUCUUCCCUAGCGGUAAUCAGUGCGAAACCAGUUUCAUAAAUACUUUCGUACAAGAGCACCGAAAGGACUUGUUGUCGCAUCCGCUGGUUAUGGCCUUCCUACACCUGAAAUGGGAGAAAAUUCGCAAGCUCUAUUUAUUAAGGAUACUUUUGUAUUCUAUGACAGUGAUAUGUAUGACUACUUACGUCCUGACCGCGUUAGCGUAUAAAUGUUACAAUGAAAAUGAAACCAAUAGCUCCAAGAUAUGCGGCAGCAGACGACCGUCUGACUUUCUUUUUCGAAAAUCAAUUAUCGAAAUUGAAUGGUACCUUGCGUUGGUUCUGACAUGCAUCACCAUACCAAGAAAAAUAUAUGGCUUUAUGGUUUACAAAUCGGCAUUACAGUAUUUUUCCAGCAUUGAUAAUGUAUUGGACGGCAUAGUGAUUGUGAGUGUAUUCGUUACGUCCUUCGUGUAUACUGGUCGUACUUAUGACUGGCAGAAUUACGUCGGCGCGUUUGCCGUUCUUUGCGCCUGGACCAAUCUAAUGCUGAUGGUUGGUCAAUUACCAGCCUUCGGUACCUAUGUCGCUAUGUUUACGCAUAUCCAGUUCGAGUUCGCCAAACUUCUGUUAGCAUAUUCGGGUUUGCUGAUCGGUUUUACUAUCAGCUUCUGUGUGAUAUUCGCUAGCGAACCUGCGUUCGGGAAUCCGUUUACUGGAUUGAUCAAAGUCUUGGCUAUGAUGGUCGGUGAAUUGGACUUCGAAGCAUUCAUCAACCAGAUGGAUGACAAACCGAUGGGCGGCUCUUUUGUCAUUUAUUACCCUAUCUUAUCAGUGUGUUCGCAGAUUCUCUUCACGCUGUUCAUAGUAUUCGUCACUGUGAUUCUGAUGAACUUACUAGUCGGUAUCGCUGUACAUGAUAUACAAGGUCUGAGGAAUCAUGCGGGGCUUACGAAGCUAGUACGGCAGACGAAAAUGAUCCUCUUUACGGAAAUGGUACUGCACAAUACUGCAAUUCCAUAUGCCUUCCGGAAAUGGAUGUCGGAUCACAAGAUUGAUGUUGAAAAUAGGAAACAGGUUCUUGUGGUAAAACCGCUUAAUCCUCUCGAGAAACGAUUGCCUAAGGAUAUAAUGAAAGUCGCUUAUGAGAUAGCACAGAAGAAUAUUCCCUCAUUUAUGAAUGACAUCAAUUUGAGUGAUCACGCUAUUUGGUUGAAACACCAACAUAAUGGGUUCUCCGAUGUCGCACUAGAAAUGACAUUUGAGAAACUGACCGCUAUGAUGAAAGUGAAUGAAGAUGCUAUAAAAUUGCUGAGAGUACAAUUACUAGAAAUGAACAAGAUGUUAGAAAAUGUUGCAAUAACAUUGAUGAAAAAAGAACAUACUACUUCAUUGUAAUUUUAAUAAUUUAAUAUUGAUUAUUUUUCCAUUACUUUUUACAAAUAUGACUGAUAAAGUAGAUAUCGAAGCCACAAUUAAUGGUGGAG